AUGCGUUCACAACCACCCCCAGACUUGAAGAACCCCACCCAGGAGACUGUAAUCAGAACUAAAGAUUCGUCUCCCUCCACCAUCUCAGGCAAUGGUACAGACGCCAUAAACCUGAUUGCCCAGGACAUGAAGUCGCUGGUGAAGAAAAUCCAGGACCUUCGCCACAUUGGCAUUGAGGACAAUCGGAUUGCGUUGCCCAAGAUCUGCGUGAUAGGCGACCAGAGCACGGGGAAGAGCUCCUUGAUUGAAGGUAUGUCAGAGAUCAAAGUUCCUCGGAGCUCUGGGACAUGUACCCGCUGCCCCAUGGAGAUUAAUCUCACGGAGAGCAAGCCGGGUCAGCCGUGGAUCUGUCGAGUGUUUCUUUCGCGCAAGUACAUGUUCGAUGGGUCCCGCAAAGUCACCAAACUCCCCAAGAAGUCCCAGCCGCUGGGGCCGUGGAUUCUUCAAGACCAAGAGGAUGAACUCUUUGUCACACUGUCCGAUAAAUGCUUUGUUCAGGAUGCUAUUAUGUGGGCUCAAGUCGCAAUUCUCAACCCUUCACAGCCGUCGAUUGACUAUGUUCCGGGAAGAAAUGCAGACGCUUCCAUGAACUGCCAGGUUAAGUUCUCACCCAACGUCGUGCGCCUGGAUAUCUCGGCCCCGAGUUUCCCAAACCUGUCGUUCUACGAUCUUCCUGGUGUCAUCAGCCAGGCUGAAUUUGACGAAGAGCGAUACUUGGUUUCCUUGGUGGAAAACCUGGCAAAGGAGUAUAUCUCCCAGGAAAACUGCAUUGUCCUUUUGACCCUCCCGAUGACGGACGACGCCACCAAUUCCAGUGCAGCUCGCCUCAUGCGGGAUGUGCGCGGAGCGAAGGAGAGAACCUUGGGUGUUUUGACAAAGCCCGAUCGCGUACAAGCCUGCGAGUCUUACAACCAGUGGAUGGAAAUCCUCGAGGGCGAUAAGUUUGCAUUGGGGCAUGGCUAUUAUGUGGUGCAGAACAACCCGGAUCCCUCGGUAGAUCAUGCACAGGCACGCGACGAGGAGGCCGAUUUCUUCACACGUCAUCCGUGGUCCACCGAGUUACAAGCAUACAAGGAUAGAUUCGGCACGAGGAACCUUCAGUCUGCACUGUCUAUGCUCCUUCUGGAGCGGAUCCAGGGAUGCCUUCCUCGGAUCAUUGAACAAAUCGAUGCAAAGGCGGCUCGUAUUGAUGAUGAACUGAGGACCCUUCCAGACCCUCCAAGCGCCAACGUGCAGUAUAUCUUGUGUCGAAAAAUCAGUCAGCUAAAGGAAAGAAUCACCGCUCAUUUUAAUGGUGGGUCAUCCCAGUAUCCUCUGCAGAAGAUAUGGGGUCACUUGGCCCUGGAUUUCAAAACCGCCCUCAUUAAGACUCGUCCAACCGUCCAGCUACGAGCAGGUUCGGAUGCCGCCCGACUUGGGGGUGAGCGUGACGGAGAGUCCGACUGUGAGAUGACUGGGGUCCAGAAUGUGACCCCCGUGAAACGAAAAACUCCUGGUGAUGGACCGACUUCUACACCCAACCUUCCAGAUGUCAACGGGGCGGGGGGGCAGGUGGGCACCCCGAAAACCUCGGUAUACUUCACCACUCAUUUUCACAAGUUUGACAAGCCUGCACGUAUGUUUACUUGGGAAGAGAUCAGGGAGAUCAAUGAGGACGCGUACCGCGCCGGGAUCCCCGACCAGGCAGAUCCCAAGGCCAUCGAAAUCAUGAGGCAGUUGAGCGUGAGGCACUGGAACGAACCCAUGCUGGUGUUUCUGCAGGCUACUCAUAGCUUGGUGCGGGAAAUGCUCAUGAAGCAACUGGAAGAUGUGUUCACCCAGUAUCGGCAGACAAGCCUUUACAGAGAAUUAAGGAAGAUUAUUGACACAUUUCUGAGAGGACUUCAGAAAGAACAUAUCCGACAUGCACAGGAAAAUUAUGACAUAGAGUGUCAUAAGCCGUUUACCAUGGCGACAACGACGCUGGAGCAGGUCAGCCGGUCCGCCUACCAGUUUCUCAGCACUCGUCGUAACGAAGCUCGCGUCCACUGCGCCUUGGCCCUACGGGGGAUCUCCGCUGAGCAUCCGCGCAGGGAUUAUGAGAUGAAGAGACUGGUCCUGCCGGCUGACGACUUUACACAGGAGUUGAAGAUGAUGGCGUCCACCAGGGGAUACUAUGAGAUAGCAAGUUCGCGAUUCAUCGACUUCACCUGCCAGAGCGUGCACACCAAGUUGUUCUCCAAAUGCAGGGACGAACUGAUCACUGUCAUCGAGGAAGAGUUGGGCAUUGUCGAAGACAAUGCCUUUGAACGUUGUCAGGAACUAAUGGCCGAGGAUCCGGAGCGUCAACAUAGACGUCAGUACCUGCUUCGGGAGAAGGAGAAGAUUACCAAGGCGCAGGAAUGGCUGGACAGUGUAAAGCGUGAAGACGACGCAGGCGAGCAGGGAACGGUGUUUGUGAAGUCACAGCCCCCCGACGAGUGGGCGAGUUUCCCGGUGUUUCCUCCUACCGUGAGUAUGGAUUAG